AACAGCCAUGCCAAGGUAUCAAUGGUAUGCGACGAAUCGCAUAGUCAGGUUUCGGUUUCGGAUGUGAUCACUGAAUUAGAAGAAGAAGCAGAGGAAGAACAGACUGGAAUUGAGGCAUCAUCGGUGGCAAGCAACUGCUGUUCUGCCAUCGAGUUCGAUCACCGACUAACCGGUAGGUCAUGGCGCAGAGGUGCGUCGCGGUGCGGUGAUGAAUGCGGUAAACCGGUCUUCCCUCGGCACGAUUUGUCGCGCGAUUAA